GAGAGCAAUUGGGGCGGGACCAACACAACAGUCACAACUUCAACGUGUGAAUCCGCUAUGUUUAAAAGUGAACUGUCAAAAAAUAAAAGUUUUGAAUCAACAUUUGCUCUUAAAUUAUUUCAGUACGCCGGGUUCAUCUUAUUCUUAAUCAUCUCUUUGACCGCCAUCAUUUCACCUAUUGUCAUGAUUGUCCUGCCUAAAUUGGAAAUUGAUAACUGGAGAACAGACGUCUGCAGCACAGAAUGUGAAGGGAUGCUGAUAAGUUUUAUCAUUAAAUCAUUUCUCUUAUUCAUAGGUAGUUGGGUCUUGUUUUGGAGGAGGCCAGAGUACAACAUGCCAAGAGCCUCCACCUGCAAGGCAUUCAUACUGAUACUGAUUUUUGUCAUCACAUCACUUCAUUGGCUCUUCUACGGAGUGAAAUUUCUAUCUUUGAAGGAUGCAAAUUAUCUUGGAAUUGUUUCAUUUGCUUCAACGAUGAUUGAGUGUCAGAUAUUUGUUCACUAUUUGGCUGUUGUCUUACUGGAGAUCAAACAAUUGAAGACUAGGUUUGCAGUAAAAAUUGUCAGAUCGCCAGAUGGCCUCUCAAAAUGCUAUCAAGUCGGUCAAAUGUCAGUCCAGCAGUUGGCAGUGUGGUGUCUCCACAAGUAUCACAGUGAUUUCGAGCACUACAAUGUCUACCUAAAUCGAAUGAUCACCCAGAAAUGUCGAACAAAAAGUUUCAAAAUUUCUCAGUUCAAACUGUACGACAUUGAUUCAUCAGAAGCAUUGAAUCAUUUACCUGCUGGGACCACAGAAGGAACAGGAAACAGCACGAGAAGAAAAGUGAUGAGCUGCCGCAACAAUGAACGAUUUUACCAAGAAGAUAACUUGGAGAGGAAGAUUAGGAAGAGGAAGUCUCGUUUGAUGCAAGCUGCUGAAGAUGCGUUCAACAACAUCAGGUCCAUGCAACAAGAUGCUGCAGUUACAUCCCCGAUCCAAAUGUCCCCACGAGAUGCAGCCCAGGCCAUAUUUGCAGGCCUCGCAAACCCACUCCAGAAGUAUCUUCGAACAACGAGGCAACAGCCAAAGUAUACGGUGGAGAACAUAGUAGAACACAUCACUCAUUGCCUUGCUUACAAUCUCUCAGCCAAAGUGUUCGUCGAGAGGUAUCUAUCGCAGGGCAAUGUCGUAUUCAAUGAGGAAAAAUGCCAGAAUUGGGUGAUAAUAAGUCAGUCGACACUCAAUCGGGGAGUUAUUGAUGGGGUUGAGUUCUGUCUGAAAAGAGGUGAGAUUACCAUUAUGGUGAGUGUCACCUCUCUGCCAUUUCUUAAGAUUUUUGAAGGUGAUGUCAGAAACUUUGAGACUCAAUUUGUUAUCUGCUCCAGUGGAGAAACUCGAGUGUAAUUAGUUAAUUAGUUAAUUCAUUUUUAAUUAAUUUAAAUUAAAUUUAUUGAUUUUU